AAGAAGGGCGAGCUUCUCCAAGCCCAGAGCUCCAGUGCACGUCCAACUGCUCGCCAAUUCGGAGUCAUAACUGCAAUCACGGACAUAGCAGGAAGCAGAAAAGCCGUUCAUCAUGUCACAAUCAACAGCUCUCGUCACCGGUGCGACUGGCCUGCUCGGCAGACAGGUCGUCAAGGCGUUUGAGCGGGCGAACUGGAACGUCAAAGGCACCGGCUUCUCGAGGGCGGACGGUGUGUCGGUACUCAAAGUCAACCUCGAGGAUGCGUCUAAUGUUGAGAAAGCCCUGGAACACGUCAAACCGCAGGUAGUUGUGCACUGUGCGGCGAACCGCUUCCCAGAUAAAUGCGACAAGGACCCCGAGGGCACGCGGGCCCUGAACGUGACGGCCACGGGAAGCCUCGCGUCGCUGUGCGCAAAGCGGGACAUCCUCCUGAUCUACAUCUCGACCGACUACGUGUUCCCCGGGAAGCCCGGGGACGCUCCAUACGAUGCGAACGCCGAGCCCGCGCCGACAAACAUGUACGGGCAGACCAAGCUGGAUGGAGAGGCCGCCACGCUCGAGGCGUACAGAAAGGCCGGCAAGCAGGGGCUCGGCGUUGUGCUGCGUGUGCCCGUGCUGUAUGGUGAUGCGGAGAUGCCGUCGGAGAGCGCAGUCAAUGUGCUCAUGGACGCGGUGUGGAAGGCACAGGAGGCGUCGGCAGACAGCAAGACCAAGAUGGACCACUGGGCUCUUCGGUAUCCCACGAACACGGAGGAUGUGGGCAGAGUAUGCAAAGACAUCUCGGUCAAGUACCUGGAGACAAAACCCGCGGACCGCGCCUCGCUACCCCAGAUCCUGCAGUUCUCCUCGGAGGACAAGAUGACAAAGUACGAGAUCUGCCAGCACUUUAGCGACAUCAUGGGCCUGCCGAUCGACGGCAUCGAGGCCAACACGGAAGGGAACGACCCCAACGCGUCGGUGCAGCGGCCAUACGACUGCCACCUGAGCACUCAGGCGCUCAAGGACCUGGGUAUCAGCGUGGAGACCAUGGACUUUGUGGCGUGGUGGCGGUGGCAGGUCAAGGCCUUCAGGAAGUGAUGGGGUUUGGUCUCGGUGGC